CAUCUUUGAGGAAGGGAAAGGCGCGCUGGGGAAGGGCGAGGGCGGAAAGUCAGGGAAGAAGGGAGGCCGGGAAAGAGAAGGGGAGCUUGGGGAACGAGAGUAGGGACGGAGGGGUAGGUUGGAAGGGAAGUAAGUAGGAGCCGAAGGCAGUCGCCAGAAGUGAGGGUCGCCGGCUGUCGGUGGGGCGUCCCAGCAGUGUUGGCUCCACGAGCGGAGCGUCAAAGUCGCGCGCGGUUGUCGACGCGCCACUUUAAGAUGGACUUUGAGCCGCCCUGACGAGCAGGAGAGGACGACGACGCCACGCUUCCCGAACCGGACGCUGCACUAUCGUGUCUUGUCAGAUUGUUCCCGUUUUCGUUACACUUCGGUAACCCCCUCCCCCCUCUCCUUCAACCCUCGUUCUGCUAUACUCUAAUAAUUUGUGCGGCCGAUGUGUAUCUUCGUGACUUUUUUUUUUCUUUUGCGCGUGGGCAAUUCCCGAACGUGAUCUUACUGGACACAUUAAGCAGUGUAAGAAUGAACUGAAACUAUCGAUCGAGCAACUCUGAGGUGUAGUUUUCGGUUUGUUUAUCUAGUGUCGAACUUCGGCUGCUUGUGCCAAACUCUUUCAGGUGUACUUUUGUGACCGAAGCUGUGGGAGUCUGCAAAGACUGCGACUGCAAAGUGGUGGAGAUCCGUUCUUAUGCUGACUUGCCUGGCAAGUCUGUUUUGGCAUGCUGCACUGGGUACCACAGCUGGUCCCGCUCUUCUUCACAACAACGUUGCUGCCUUCGGUCAUGAGCGUCACAAUGGCUUACAGCAUCGGCAGGUCCAGCAAACAGAACAACAAGAAUGUGUCAUUACUGCUGGACAGUAUCUUGCAAGGUUACAACCAUCAUGUUAGGCCAGGAAGAGUGGACACGCCAACGGAUGUUUAUAUUGAUAUUGAAGUACGCAGCAUGGGACCGGUGUCUGAAGUUGAUAUGACGUACUCGAUGGACUGCUAUUUCCGGCAAAGCUGGAUCGACCGCCGUCUGGCUUUCCGCGGAUCCAUGCCGUCUAUGACCCUGUCCAUAUCCAUGCUACAGAAGAUAUGGCGACCGGACACAUCGUUCCUGAACGGCAAGCACUCUUACCUACACACAAUCACUCAGCCCAACAAGUUCGUCCGCCUGGCACAGGAUGGCACGGUGCUCUACUCGUCAAGGCUGACUGUGAGUGCGAGCUGCCCCAUGAAUUUGGAAAAAUUCCCCAUGGACACCCAACGCUGUCCUCUUCGCAUCGGAAGCUCUGGGUAUCCUGCAAAGGACGUGAUGUUUCGCUGGAAUCCGAAACGACGAGUGGUGAUUGCGUCGGAUAUGAAACUGAACCAAUUUGACCUCGUUCGAACGCCAACUGAUAAUCAGAGCGACUAUUCCAGGAAAGAAGGGCCGUUCGCAAUGCUGCUGGUGAGCUUCCAGCUGAAGCGUCACAUGGGCUACUUCCUGAUCGAGGUGUACGCACCCUGCACGCUGCUAGUGGUGCUCUCCUGGGUGUCCUUCUGGAUCAACCGCGAGGCCACCGCCGACAGGAUUGCCCUCGGUGUGACCACCAUCCUUACGAUGACGUUUCUUGCACUAGAGAGUCGAAAUGAUUUGCCAAAAGUUCCUUACUGCACUGCCCUGGAUUACUACGUCGCCAUCGGCUUUGGUUUUGUCUUCGCCACCAUUGUCGAAUUCGCUAUCGUCCAUUAUUUCACGAAGGUUGGAAGCGGAGAGUUCUAUUACUGCCCGGAGAUGGAAACCGAACGCAUGAGAGCGUCAACGGAAGACAGCGGUGAUGAAGAAAGCGGUAGCGACGAGCAGCAGCCUUUAGAAUCUGCGGCCUACAGGGAGGCCGGAGAUCACUGCCAGAGGUUGCAUCCUAAGAAGAUGAUCUCGUUACCAAGCAACGCCAUCUAUUGCACCGAUGCCGAACGACCCGAAGCCACGGUGGCCUUCGUCGAGUCUCCCGACUCCACGCCUCCCGGGGACGCGGUAGCGGCCGGCUCGCUCAACGGCCGGCUCGAAGCUGCCGCCGAUCAGCCCGCGUACCCCGCGCAGCGGGGGUCGACGAGGCGCACCUCGAUACGCGGCGGCAGCAGGAGGAGCCUGAGGCAGCGAGACCACCGUCGCCAGAGGCGGCCGUCGAUGAUCGCCCGGCGCCGCAUGUCCAGCCAGAUCCAGGAACUGUGGAUCAACAGCGUCAGCAAGGUCGACAGGGUCUCCAGGGUCGUCUUCCCGCUGGCGUUCAUCGUGGUCAACACGGUGUACUGGCUCACGUACUUCCGAGACGACGAGGACAGCUGAUGGCGUCGCGUCCGCGGGCGCGUCGCCCCCGAAGCGGCACGCCUGCACGCGCGCUUGCUGCUCGUCGAACUCGCGCGCCCGGUGAUGGCGCGCGAGGCCGUACGCGGGUGAUCGUUGAUAAAUUUCUUCGCGUUCUAGCUAACUGGUUAUGAGAAAGGGGUCAUUCGAGGAAAACGCUACAGAUAGUGAGCUUGUACUUCUUUCGCGCGUGGUAUUUGAAACCAGGUGGAUGCGAGGAAGCGACGAACGAAAGUAAAAAAAAAAAAGAAAAGAAAAGCGCUAAAGAGCACUCGAGGUGGUUCAAGGCAUUGCUUCAAACAUACGAGACAAAUAAAGUCGUGAUAUUGUUAUCGGACAGGAAACCUCGUGCGCAUUUAAGGAAACGUCUGCUUCGUAGGAAGAACGCGCCUAACGCGCCGUUGGCCCCGAGUGCCCUCUGCCAUCGCGAUGUGUCAUGAAUAUUAGUGGGUGGCACGUUCAUUAGCUCGAGUUAGCUGAUCUAUACAUACAUCUCAUCACGUUCGAGCUCGUGGUUUGUACAACAUUAGAGCGCUGACUGAAUUGCCCGCUGUGAACGACUUCUCCGCUAUUGCCGGUAUCAGAUACUCGGCGGGAUGGAUGAUAAGAAGGGGCCAGAAUGUGAUUAAUAGAAUCCUCACAAAAUGCAGUCUCUGGGUCAUGUAUACGUGACCUCUGCAGCCCUUGUGCGCGAUUACUUAAGAACCAUGUCAAGGGGGUCUAGUCGGUCAUCAAUUGUUAUAAUGGGACCAGCUACAAUACUGGAUACCAUGGUGUUAGGACAUGAUGCCAUGCUUAGGUUUUAACUACGUGCAAAUUUCAUCAUCCAUAGCCCAUCGCCGUUCUUAUCGCACACUCUGGCGUCUUUCACGGCACCAGGUUCCAGCGACGGGGCAGUUAUGGCAUGAAAAAAGAAUUCCUGUGGAACGAGCUUCCCUCGACACACUUAACAUCGUGCAUAUUUCUGGUAUAGUCGCGUGGCGUGUUAUCAUGUCAGCGAUAAGGAGUCUUCAGAUUUUUGUGGAGCUUUUUUAGAUAGCAGAGACCACAUUGUAUUCCCUUCCGCACCCUAUCUUCGCUUUUCAUUAUUUGUGAUACACGAGAGAGCACACACGUGAAAGGCAAAUACCAUACGACAUGACUCGACCGCAUCACUACGAGCGCUGACAAGCCGUGACAUUGAUUAGCAGUCGUGCGUUUGAGUUAAUUGAACACGAAGCAAAACGCUUGUCUAGUGCUGCCCAAAGAAAGAAACACAAAUGGUGGAAACUCUACGUUGGUGUAAUCUGGCAACUCCCGUGACCAUCUUUCCACAGUGACCAAAUAGAACUUGCUAGCCGUCCUCAAUUUUGUAGUCGUGAUUGAAAAGUUGAAAAAGAAUAUCUAUAUAUAUAUAUAUAUGUUACGUGUUUGUUAUAUGCAGUGAUAUAGUUACAUAUAAUUUAUAUGCUCUACUUCGAGGCAUAAAUACUAAGUACGUUGACGUUUAUGCACUGACAGAUGUUUUUUCUUCUUGCUGCCCUGACUUGACGAAAACUGUCGUCACAGUGUCGCAACGAUGUUUCAGAGAGAGUCUGCCAUUGAGGCAAAUAGGCAGCAGCAAAAUAGACAGCUGAACGAGAUGGCGUUUAAACACGGCGCAGGUGAGACAGUGCGCGUAAAAGACAGACAGAAUACCACACGAGCAUUUGUUUGGACAUUUUAAGCAUGCAAUUUCACCUUUGAACAGCACUUACCCUGCAGCAAGUCUGAAAAGAAAAUGGCAGUUUCGCCCGAAGAGCGAAGCAUUCGCAGUGAUAACAAGAUGCUCCUUUUGUUCGGGGCCUCGACCGUGGGAUUCAGCCACAGGGAUGUUUGCUCCGCACUUAAGAAAUUUCUUAUGGAGUCCAACUGAAUGCACGGUUACAUUUAUAUAUAUGUAUUUUCUUGUGAGUCCUCUUCAACUAAUGAUUACUGAUUCUUCCUACUAGUAUUGCUUUCAUUUUAAGCAUGCAAUUUCACCUUUGAACAGCACUUACCCUGCAGCAGUUCUGAAAUUUUAGUUGGGAUUACAGCUUGGAAUUAUCUGCCCAUUUCUCUUCCAAGUGCCCAUAUUGAGUAGGAGCGCCACGAGUCAGAUAGAUAACAAAGAUAACAACCGCUCCUUGAACGGUGUUCAAGCUACACGCGGGUGCGACAUAUUGGCGCCACGCAGCACGCAAGGCAGCUCCUGCCAGGUGGACGGAACAAGGAUAGAUACACGAAUAUUUCUAGCCCUGUCACGCAGACGCUAGGUAUAAUUACGGUGAGCUCAGCGUCUCCAACGGUUCCUUUUUCCUUCAUUUUUUCCCCCCGGUUUUCGUUAAGAUCUACGUUUCCAAUUAAAUUGUUUGUACUCUGAAUAGCGGGGGUAGAAUAUAAUGAAAGGAAAUUCACGAUUUUUUAGUUGCCUUUGACCCGGGGCCUUCAACUACCACUGCUCGCCUGCGCUUCAUGAGGCCGCGCAGAACUAAUCAGGCAUGUUAACAAGACAGUAAAGAUACUUGUUGAGAGAUGUGGGGGGGGGGGGGUUACAUCCAGGUUGGUAUUGAUUACACUUCUAUAAUUGAAUAUAGGUUAGUUUGACUGGAAGCUUGUGUUCCGUACGCAGGCGGGACAGCACAGUGAAAGGCAGUUGGCAAGACCCCCCCCUCCCAUCUUUCAUUUCCCGCAUCAGUUGCCUGUGAGGUCACAAGUUGGGUCAGUGUUCUCUAAGAGUUUCUAAAAAGUAAGAUUUAUGAAAAACGAAAGUAAGCUUACAUUGAACAUGCCUAAAUUCGUGGUCUUUUCCUACGACUUCCUUUUUAUUUUUUUAUUACUCGCCCCCAGUACAGGGUAGAGAGCCGGACGUGCAGUCUGGUCCGCUAAAAAAAAAAAGAAAAAAAAAAGAAGAAACAAGGAGGAGAGAAAAAAAAAAAAAACAGCUUCAGGUGAGAUCACACCGGCGGUCAAUUUAAUCAAAAGAUAAGGUGAAAUCAGUGUCUUAAGAGUGACGUCACGAGCUUUGCAGUAUGCUUGACGUGCGAAAUGCAACAAGAGAAACACUUGUCUUCAGCUUAUCCACUUAUAAUGACCCCCUUCAGCCAAUGAAAAAUCGGCACACAGAGUUUCAAAUCAUAAUCGGCAAGUCUAAGCUGAUUUAAUGUUCAUCUUUGGAGUGUCAGGGCUUUGGCCGAAAUGAUGGGGCAAGAAAGAUUUAAACGACCUAUAGUCUUUCAUAUGGAAGGCAUGUUCGCUGAUGGGCACAGCUUUCAUAAAGUUACUUGGGCUUGCGCAAACAUGUCGAAGCGCCUUCUGACAUUCCCCCCCCCCCCCCCCCCUUUUUUUUUUCAAACCCAUAAUUAAGGUUAUUCGGGUGUUGACUAACGUAUGCUCGCUAAUCGCUCGUACGACUUAAGCGCCAACUCAAGCAUAUCCAGUUUGCAUACCUUUAGGACGAUACAGUGGCCUCGACACGUCCGCAACGCGAGACACCCACGCAUUCCCACCGCAGCUGCGCUUAAAAUCCAAAUCGAUACGGGUAAACAGCUUCAGGUGAUAUCACGCCGGAGGGUCAAUUUAGUGAAGCCGCGUACUCUCAUUUAUGCUCUGCGUAGUCGAACGAAAAUGAAGCAGUAAGGAAAAAGUUCAAGCGAGAUUAACCGAACGCAGUGAAGCGGAGCGAAGGCAAGUGCCUUCAUUAGGAGCUAAUACCUCCAGCGACGCAUGAAAAUAGUUUCGGUAAGAAAAAGAAAAUGCGAAGAGAAACACUAAAAGUAAAGAAAAAAGAAAGAUGCGCCAAGGACUAGGUGACGAUGUAGCAGUAAGAAGACAGCUCAUUCUCGGCGGUUAGGGUGUUGGCACAUCUUCAGCGGGGAAAAUUGGUCUUUAAUUGAUGUGGGCAGGCUGCGGAAGAAAUCCGACUGUUCGCAGGAUAACAUGCACCUCUAUUUGACGGUGAUCGUGCGUGCGCCCGCCCGGGCUGAGCUCAUACGGCGGUGCUCGCUUGACGACGCAAGCGAUGCGGCGUCUAUUUGAGGGCAUAUCCUAGGGCUUAUAGGGACGUUAGGCGACCAUUAACCCUGCCGACAACUGUAAUUCGUGAUCUCUUUUACCACCGGCAAAGUGGGCUCGCUCAUGCGUCCGCUACUCGCUCAUUCUCGCUCUAGGCGUCUCGCUAACGUCGCCGCCAGAAUGUGCUUGUCCUGCGGGCCUCUGGUCCAUUCGUACGUUAUUGGCACGCGCUGCGUACCAUACGUAAUGGUGUCAAAUCAACUAGCCUUCCAGGAACGACCUUAUGAAAAGUUAAAUGAAUGAACUGCGACUUGCGUGGUUUGAUCCUUGUUCGGGGAGUCACGAAUUUGGGCACGUUACUGAACGGUCUGGUGUCGUUGCCAGACUAGUACGUCAUAGCAAGGUUCACGAAGAUGAAAGUUGCCUGAUCGGGUAGGUUCAGCUUGUCCCUUACUGAUGCAUUCUUACUUUCGUUUUCAACACCAAAGACAGCGGAGAUAGAUAAACGAAGAGGGAAAGGUAGGGAGGUUAACCAAGGACGGGACCACUUGGCUUCCCUACACUUUGGUGAGGGAGAGGGGAAUUGGGAAGAAUAGGUAAGAAGGAAAGAUAAAAAAAAAACAAAGAUUCAGUCACUGUGAACAUAUUCGCCCAGGAAUGUCCGCUGUCACAAGCGUUUGUACAGUCCAGUCACCUUCGGGAGGCGCAAAAGAGCUUGACGUCGUGCAUGAAAAUAUGUAUAGGCCAUUAUUCCAGGAUCUUUUCCUCCAAAAGCGCUCUAUUAUCCAAUCAACCGGCCGAGUCUAACUUGUCGAACACUUCGUUGAGCGUCAAAGGACGCGCGGGUUGAGCAGAGAAAGUUCUCUAUUGUUUUGUCGCACUUGCGCAAAUUGCACGCCGCACUGUUGGCCAUUCCUAAUAGGAAUGAAUAGGCAUUUGUGAAUGCGAGGUCACGCCCCAUGUGACACUAUAAAGUUGUUUUGCGACGGGAGAGUCCAGGUGGAAGGCAAAGUCACAAGUUGCGAUGGGAGAGUCCAGGUGGAAGGCGAAGUCGCAAGUUAGGGUGCAGAGAAUACAAACGUGAUUGAAUAGUGUCGGGCUCAACACUGCGCCUUCUUGAACACCACGACUGGAGAAAUAUCUGUUUUUCGGGCCAUUUUCUGUAAGAACAAACACAUACCUCUUUGAGAGAUAGCUUCUAAUCUAUCGAAAAAUAUGGCCUCCAAGUUCUGCAGUAAUAAGAGCUCGGAUAAUGAUUUCGUUAGUUACGUUUUCGUAAGCACCUUUUACCUCUAAGAACAGUGCUGUAGAGAGACGCUUCGUAGAUUUCUGUUGCUGCGUGGAGGAGAGCAGAGCCCGUAUUCAGAAAAAGCUCUCAGGCUAGAAUUGUUCGUAAGAUGAAAUUCUAGCCAAUCCUGACGCUGGGCAUCUUAUUAGCGAAGGCUGCCAGCGAAUGUCAAGAAGAGUACUUGCGAGAGAAAAGCUUUGUGAAUUCAGCCCCAGAGAUACGAUUCUCCAGCCGAGCGAUCUUUAAUGCCUUGAAGAUAAUUUUGCUUACCGCUGUCAAUAAGGACUUCCUCUAAGUACAAUUUGCAAAACAAUGCUUUUUUAUUUUACUCUCAAAUGUUACAUCAUUGCACUCACGCUUCGUGAAGGCGAGUCUGUCGAAAGCCUAAAAUUCUGUUGAUGUAUGCAACGGUAGACGAACUUUGCAUGUAGAGAUUUAGUACUUUUACAGGAGUGUACACUCACAUGUAAAAUGUAAUCAUGAUUGUUUAAGUGUUCAUACAGCUGAAAUUUGUAAUCAAGGCCUGAAAGACAAUCUUUCAUGCAUAGAUAUCUACGCUAGCUGUCAUAUUGGUCUUUUUCUUCACAUAAAGCGGAAUGCAUCUUAAAUUUAAGUUAAAACGAAUACCACUGAAGCGUCUCCUAAAACGGCCCGGCAUGUCUGCACUUUCGCAUGCAGUAUGCAAGGUGUGUAGCGUCACAGAUAAAAGCAAGAAUGCACCCCGUUGUUAAACUUAGGUGUUCCGAGGUGUCUGGAAGAAACGUACGGUGCGAUGUUGAAGUGAUUCCUUUGGUAUAGUUUCAGCUGUGUUGAACGACAUUUGAAAAGUAGGAAAAAUGUCACUGGACAGGUAAUUAAUGAAAAAUACACAAGUUGUUGACUUGAAAGAAUAGAAACCUCAACUUAAAUACAUUUGUAUUACUUUUUCGGGUGCAUUCGGCACACAUUUACGUACACUUGAUCGACGCUUCUAUGACGCUUAGUUGACGCGUCAAGUUGAAAUGCACAGCAUAUGCAGCGCAACUGCUUUGCUCGGAGGAAACGUCCCUCGUCUACGGCAAGCUUGUUCUAAACAUAGGCCUGCUAUGAUCGCGGCCAGAAAGAAGGGACUGCCCAAGGCGAUUCGGCAAAGACAGAAAGAAAACGUCUGUGAAGACCGGCACUAUAGGCCGGCCACCGUUGGGAACUCGUAGUUGUCGAGACGGUGAGGACGGCGACUUACGCAAGCGCAGGAAGUUCCCUCCUCAUGCGCUAAUUUUCGGUUUCGAGUGGUGAAUAAGCCGGAGUUAACCGCGCCAGUAGCAUUACCACGUAGCAAACGGUAGCCGCGUUUGCAUGAAUGAGACAGUAUAGCGCACCGAAUUUCUCACAAGCUGCCAUCCGGCGCCACGAUCGCGCAGGUUGGCGGCGUCUUGCACAACAUCCAAGCUGCGCUUCUCCUUAAGAAGAGCGCAUCGGCAGAACACCAUGCGACCGCGUUUACACGGGGAGCACCCGCCUUAUUCCGAAAGAGCCAGAACACGUGUGUAGAGAACGCGUUUCGGCCCGUAAGUGGAGGAGUGGGCACGGCGGCAGCCCCAUCACUUUUACUCUCUAUCUCGAUGCGAUACGCCAACGUUUACACGCAUCACGAGAGACGACUUACUCCGUCUCGAACUCCCUUGUCGAAUUAAUGCGAUUCGCCUUCGUAGAACAUUAAGAGCCUUUUACGCGAAUGCGAUGCUCUAGAUAUACGACGCGAUGCGCCACUAGUCGCGUUCAUGUGAAUGCCGCGUAUCAAACUGUACGUGUAUGUAAUAGACUGAGAAAGCGCUAGAAGUUUGCCACUACGAUGCAAAGUGCGAAUGUUGCCCAGGUUGUAAAGCUAACUAUCGCAUUUCUUGUUUAUUGUUUAUUCAAUGGGAAAUAUUGAGGCUUUCUUUUUUUAAAUAUGAGAAGGGCUGUAUUAAGGUAAAGUAGAAUCCACCACCAUUAUAUAGCGGGACUGAAGUUAUCCGGAAGAACUCACUCAAAUGCUUCUCCAUGACCUAUAUUUAGGCAUUUUUUGGACAUUUCAGCUGAAAAAAACAAUUGUAUAGGGAGUGUUAGUCGGAAAAAGGGCUCGCAGUUUUGUUUUAUUAAGUGACGUACCUUUUUUGCUUGACUUAAGACGCUUGUUAUUUGGAAAAUUCCUCAGUCCACCAAGAAUUGUAAGUGAGGAAAGAAUUUUGUUACAAACGAAACUAUUAGAAACAUAUUAGAAAUGCGAGCGUGUUAUCCAAAUUAAAGUGGGACAUCGGCACAAGCCAUCCGUCUGAGUCUAUGAUUGUUGCUGCUUCUUUUCUCUGCCUUUGCUGAAGCUUCACUGCUGCAUGAACUCUCGGGGACACGGGAGGGUGAUGAAUAAAUGCCUUUAUUUUCUUUCCGUGGAUGCGUCAGGCCGUCAUUACAAGUGCCGGAAUGAUCAAUAAAGGUUUGUUUUUGUUGUCGAA